UACAGAAUGGACAACCUCUCAGCAACUCAGCCUCAUUUUCUAUUAUUACAUCCCUGAAUGAUAUCGGAAACUAUACCUGUAUUGCAACUAACUCAUUUACUGGCUUGACGCGCACUGCAAACAAGACUCUUAUGAUCUAUGCACCACUGUCCAAACCUACCAUUCUCACCUCCAACAAUACUGCAGUGGAGACCAAAGACUUCUCAUUGACCUGCAAUGCUACAGGUCAAAUUCACGCUUACAAGUGGUUCAUAAACGGAGUUGCCCCAGCUGGUCGCAGGAUACAGCUGUCACCAGAUAGGAGGACACUCACUCUCCAAAGUCUCAAAAGAAGAGUUAACAAAGGGCCCUGUGUGUGUGAAAUCGAGAACCCAUUUUAUCGCAAUAGGAGUGAUCCAUUCACACUGGAUGUUCUGUCUAUUCUCUGCGCAGCGCCACUGUCCAAACCUACCAUUGUCACCUCCAACAUUACUGCAGUGGAGACCAAGGACUUCUCAUUGACAUGCCAGGCUACAGGCCAAAUUCACACUUACCAGUGGUUCAUAAACGGAGUUGCCCCAGCUGGUAGCAGGAUACAGCUGUCGCCAGAUAAGAGGACACUCACUCUCAGCAGGCUCACAAGAAGAGAUAACAAAGGGCCAUAUGAGUGUGAAAUCCGGAAUCCAUUUUCUAGCAAUAGGAGUGAUCCAUUCACACUGGAUGUUGCCUAUGGCCCAGAUAUUGCCACAAUUGACCGUAUAAGCGAUCAGUUCGCAACGGGGAUAAAUGUUACCUUGAGCUGUGUUGCUGAUUCUAACCCACCAGCACAAUUCACUUGGUUACAGAAUGGACAAUCUGUCAGCAACUCAGCCUCAUUUUCUAUUAUUACAUCCCUGAAUGAUAUCGGAAACUAUACCUGUAUUGCAACUAACUCAUUUACUGGCUUGACGCGCACUGCAAACAAGACUCUUAUGAUCUAUGCACCACUGUCCAAACCUACCAUCAUCACCUCCAACAAUACUGCAGUGGAGACCAAGGACUUCUCAAUGACAUGCAAUGCUACGGGUCAAAUUCACGCUUACCGGUGGUUCAUAAAUGGACUUGACCUAGGUGGUAACAGGAUACAGCUGUCGCCGGAUAAGAGGACACUCACUAUCCUCAGUCUCAGAAGAACGGAAAACAAAGGGCCCUAUGUGUGUGAAAUCGAGAACCCAUUGUUUAGGAAAAGGAGUAAUCCAUUCACACUGAAUGUUACCUAUGGACCAGAUAACGCCACAAUUGUACAUUCAGCCAAUGAGUACCCUACUGGGGCAAAUAUUACCUUGAGCUGUGUUGCUGAUUCUAACCCAGCAGCACAAUUCACUUGGUUACACAAUGGACAACCUGUCAGCAACUCAGCCACAUUUUCUGUUAUUGCAUCCCUGAAUCAUGCUGGCACUUAUACCUGUACUGCAUCUAACUCAUUCACUGGUUUGACGCGUACUGCAACCAAGAAUAUUAUAAUCUAUGGUGAGUAUCUGGAUUGGGCCCCCAACUUUGUGUGGGGCUCUCUCUUUCCCUGGCAUGACAGAAAUAGACAAAAGUGACACUCUCCCCCCCCCCUGGUCCCAUGGCACAGUGCAUUGUGGUAGAAAGAGCCCUGAGCUCAGAAUCAUAAAACUUGGAUAGAAUCCUUUCUUUUCUGUCUACUCUCUGUGUAGUAAAUGACUCCUCCUUUUGAGGCCUCAGUUUCUUUAUCUGGAAAAAUGAAUUACAUUUUCUCUGUAUAUAAUAGCAUUCUAUGAGUAAAGGUCCUUUUUAUAUGGUAGGUAUAAAAAGCAUGUGAGUUGUCUUCAUCAUCCUUGUUAUUGAUAUUGUAUUAUUCUCUUCUGUCCUAGUGAUAUACAACCUUCUUCAUCUCCCAAAUUCUAGGACCGCAGGUUCAAUGACUGCCCAAUACUCUUUCCUUCAAUCCCUUUCCCUUGGUGCUGUGGAACCACGGAAUAUUUCUAGUCUUGGUUGGAGUAUAAGCUAUGGUCAUGCAAUGGGGCUGGCCUUGAUUCCCCUUGGUAGGGAAAUUCUGGAGAUGGAAAGGAAGAUAUAAACUUUGUCUCCUUUCACACAAAGAGAUUCACCAUUGGACAUAUAUUUUCCUCUUUGUGGCAUUAAAUGCCACAUGGAAGCAUGUCUCUUGUGAGGCCUGGUUCUGAUCUAUUGGCUUUAGCAUUCAGUAGCUGGAUCCACUGUAGAAUUCCUGCUGCCCAAUUAAUUCACUGGUCUGACUUUCCUAUGUACAGAUGACAGACCCUCCAUUCCCAUAAUCACAUUAAUGUACAGCAGGACCAGAGAGAGAUCAUCUCUGGCCUUAGUUUCCUUUUAUUUCAUGUAGUUUUAUUGUUACAAACCUUAGGGGUAUCCCAACUUCCUGUCCCUGCCUCUAGGAAUGUUCUGAAUGGAGAGCAGGGGGGAGAGAUAGAAUUGUGAAGUGGGGAAGUGACCUUGGGGAAGUCAGACACCAACAGGAUAUACUUUAGAGCUGGAAUGAUUUUUUAUUGGCCUCAAUCUGUACAUGGGGAUGAUGAAAGCACACAUUUUAAAUGAUCAUAUAAUUAUCUGUUUGUCAUUUUCUUUUGUUAACUAUUUUCCAAUUACCUUUUCCCCUGGUUCAUACAGCACCUGAGAAUGUUGCAGGCUAUGUAUUUGACACCCAUGGUUGAAAAGAGCUUUUUCUUAAUUUAUUUCUUUCCAAUUAACUAAAAUCUAUUUUCCGUCCCCCUUCUACCUUCUACCAGUAAUGAAAACUAAAAUCUUUGGGACAGGUAUGAGUUGUGCCUGCCUGUAGCCACAAAUUAAUAUAUUCCUAGGUGGACACCUGAGAAGGAGAGUUAGAAACUGAGAGAAAAUGGGUGAAGGGGAUAUAGAGAAAGAGGAAAUAGAACAAAGGAAGAGAGACUCAGAGACAAGGCUUCAAGAGCUUGGGAUCCAGCCUGUGUGCUCCUCUGAUGGUGGUAGAGAGAAAGAGAGAGUGAACUAUAUAUGUCCUCAAUCUUUUAUUGGAGGAUCAAGGAAUGGGGAAUGGAGGUAGCUAAUGAUCAUUUUACAAGGCACAAGACUUAACAUUGGUUCAACUGACUACCACAAGAUCAAAUAGGAGGGGUUUAUUCAAACAUGUGACCUGGUAUGGAAUCUGGUCAGACAAGGUGUGAACUAGGACCCUAUGGCAGCUUACCUGGGAAUUCUUCUUAUUUUUGGACUGUAGAUUUGGAGAGUAGUCAGAAUUAAUACAGUACCUAUUAAAUGCAAUGAUCAAGACUAAUAAGCCUAUGAAUCCAGUACAUGAGCACAUAAGUUGCAAUAUUUACAUAUUAAUAAUUGUUUCAAGAUUAAAAUACAUGUAUGAUGCCGCAUGGACAAUCAAGGAAAACUAAUUUCAGAGCUCAAAAAAUAUGUGUUGCAACUUACACCCUCAGUCCAUCCCAUUUCUGAAGAGAGGCAGCUGAUUUCAUAGGAAGUCUAUAGCUUUUUGUAGAAACUGAGUAACUUAUUUCAUCAUGGGUCUUCUGCAGUCCUGGUUGGUCAGUGCAGUGAUGAGAGGUCCCAUGGGUUUCCAAGUUGUUUGCCUUCAGAACAAUGUGGGUAUUGUAUAUAUUAUCUCUUGGUUCUACUCACUUCAUUCUGUAUCAGUUCAGAUAAAUCUUCUGAAGUUUCUUUUCUUGAACUCAUUCUGUUCAAUGUUUCUAUGAGUGACUUGGAUCAAAUGAAAUAAUAUCUGUAAAGAGUUUUGUAAAUCAUGACCAUUAAUGUUCUACUAAUUCUACAGACAAGCAGAAGGCAUAAAUUUGAAACUGGAAAGAAAAAAAGAAAUAAUGAGAAAAUUGGCAGGAUAGGGAUUGUUGAAACAGGUAGUAUGCAGAAGUAGUUUAGGAUGCUGGCACAGUAGACAUAAUGUGAUAAGAUGAUUGUCAUUGGGGAUUGAUAUCAGGUCCUAUCCUUGAGUAGAAAAAGUCCAAAACACAAAAAAGCAUCGGCCUCGAUGGGACAGUGACUGGUACCUAUGCCAUAGAAAAGAGUUGAAGUAAUGGGGUAUGGUUGAUUUAAAAAAGGGGAAAUUGGAGACAGACUAUUAAUGCCAAUUUGGAUUGCAUAAAGAGAUGUUGGGGAUUAUUGAGAGAUCCACAAACUUAUUAUAAGUGGGAAAGGUAACAGGGUAGUUGAAAAAGCAUAAUGCAUACUUUUUUUAACCCUUCCCUUUUAGCCAUAGAAUACAUACUGUGCAAUGGAGGUUAAAUGAGUGGCCUAGGGUUAUAUAUCUUUGAAUUAUUUGAGGUCAGAUUUCAUCCCAGAACCUCUGAUCUCUAGGCCUGGCUCUUAAUCCACUGAGCUACACAACUACCACAACCACCAAUGCAGUCUUAAGAGAAGCAUGUCCAUUUCCAAGAAUAAGGAGAAAGAUGCCCUUCUGUACUAUCAGAUGGCACUUGGAUUAUUGUAUUUGGUUCUAGAUGACUAUUUACAAGUGGCAACAGUGAACUGGGGAAUGUUCAGCCAGAUUGGUGAGGAGUCUGGAGUCUCUGAAGAUCAAUUGAGGGAACUACAUAUUAGAAUAAUGCCUGGGACUUCUACUGAGUCACAAUAGAGGGCUGCUAAAGAGUUGUAAGAAAGAAAGACUGCAACAUUAUCAAAGCAGGGAUAAUUAACAUUUAUUUUAUGUAGCACACAAGGUUAUCCUCAAGAAAAAGGUUGGGGAUGUAAUAUGGAGGCCUCGAAGGAGCAGAAGUUCAGACCUCUGAAUACCCUUCCUAAUGGAUCACAAACUGAAUGCUCCCAGGGGAUUGAAAAUCAAACUUAACAACAAGUCUGAGCCAAGGAACCAUCCUGCUGGACUUAAUUCAAAAGGUACACCCCCCUCCCCCCAUAAAGCCAGAAUCUGAGAACACUCAGGGUUAAGGGGAAGACUGAAGGAAGGUCCCAGGACCCAUCCGCCCACCCACCCAGAGUGCUGAGAUUCCAAUGGCAGCGGGAACUUCUGGGUGGUCAAAGGUGCUGGUCUGAAAGGCAUAACUUGCAAGCAGAGCUGUGCCAAGUUCAGAGUGUCCAACACAGAUGUCGGGGAAGGAGCUAGAGAGGGAGCAUAGACCUGGCAGCCUUGUCAGAGUGGUGGAGAUCCUCCAUAUUUGCUCCAGCCUUCCAGGAACUUUUGGACUCAGAGCACACCCACCCCAACUAAGCUGAACUUAAUCUCAUCAAAAGACUCCAGAGUUCAGGGAAACCCAAGCUCCAUAUCCAUCCUCAUUGACUGCUGGACUUUAAUGCAAUCAAAAGCCUCCAGAAGUCAGGGAAGCUCAAACCCCACCAGAGGCUACACUGAGAGAUCUCCUAUUAAAGCUCCAAGAGGGGAGACUGACUGAAGCCCCCAAAACCAAAAAAAAAAAAUGAGAGGAGUAAGAGCACAGACAAAUAUGGGGAGUAAAGAAGGGGUGAAUUUCAGCAAACAACAGAUAAAGAAGAAAGAAACUACAAUAGACAGCUUCUACUCAGCAAAUGGAACAGAGGGGGAGAGAUCAGCAAACGAUAAAUCAGAAAUCCCAGUGAAUUGGAUACAGGCUGUGGAAGAAUUCAAAACAAAAUCAAAAGAAGCUGAAGACAACUGGGAAAAUAACUGAAAAAUUAAGAUAAGUCAUCUGGAAACAGAGGCACUUGAACUAAAAUGAGAAAAUAGUGUCUUGAAAGCCAAAAUCAACCAGCUGGAAAAUGAGGCAAAGGAGAUGAAAGAUGAGGCAAAGAAGAUGAAAGAUGGGACAAAGGAGAAGAAAGACAAGGUAAAGAGGAUGAAAGAAGACCUUCAAAGAAAAUCAGAUCAGAAGGAAAAGGAGGACCAAAAAGCCAGGGAUGAAAUUCAGUCUUUAAGAAUCAGAAUACAACAACUGGAAUUAAGUGAACUCACAAGGAAACAGGACACUAUAAAACUAAACAAAAAGAAUGAAAAAAUUGAGGAAAAUAUGAAGCCUCUCAUUCACAAAACAGACAAUUUAGAAAAUCGUUUGAGAAGAGAUAAUUUAAGAAUCAUUGGUCUACCAGAAGACCAUGAGAAAAGAAAAAGCCCGGACAUAAAGCUACAGGAAAUUAUUCAGGAAAACUGUCACAAUAUCCUAGAACAAGAGGGGAAAGUGGAGAUAGAAAGAAUCCACAGAUCACCUCCUGUAUUUAAACCCAAACUGAUAACACCCAGGAAUGUUAUAGCCAAAUUUAAAAACUAUCAAUCAGACUAAAGAAAAGAUAUUACAAGCUGCCAAGAUGACGCCAUUCAGGUACAAUGGAAACACAGUGAGGAUAACACAAGAUCUGGUUACAUCCACACUGAAGGACUGAAAGGCAUGGAAUAUGAUAUUCUGGAAAGCAAAGAACUCUGGAACUAGGUCUACAACCAAGAAUCAAAUACCCAUCAAAACUGACUAUAUUCUAACAGCGGAAAGUAUGGUCAUUCAACACAAUAGAGGAAUUCCAAGCAUUUGUAAAGAAAAGAUCAGACCUGAACAGAAAAUUUUAUGUCCAAGCAUAGAACUCAAGAGAAUCAUCAAAAGGUAAUUAAAAAAGAGGGGGAAAAGAAAAACAAAAAAAAAAAGAAGAAAAACAUGUUUAAGAGACUCAAUAAGUUAAAAUUAUAUGUAUCCCUAUAAGAAAGAGAGGUCAUUGGUAACUCUUAAAAACUGUUGCUAUCACCUGGGCAGCUAGUAGAAUUACACUUAGAGGGAACAGUGACAAACUGUAUAGGAUGAAAGGACAAGACACAAUAGGUAUAUAGAUAUAUGCAUGCAUAAAUACAUAUACGUGUGUGUGUGUGUGUAUACAACCAGACCUAAAAAAAAUAGGUUAAUACUAAAAGAAACAGGAAAAGAAACAAAUGGGGGUAAAUUUAUAUGUCACAAAGAAGCUCAUGGCAGGAGGGUAGAGAACAUCGAUACACUGGAAGGGUAAAGAGGGUGGAGAUAGGAAUUACUCAUCGCUUAUGUGCUUUGAAACUGACCUAAAGAGGGAGGAAUAAUCCAAUUCAUUGAGGCAGAGAAUAGAUUUGCGCCCUAUAUGGA